CUGUUGUGCAAACUGCAGUCAUCCACUCCUGGAUGAAGUAUGAACCUCCACUGAACGAUGAGUCGACAUGCCGAGUGGAUCAGUGAAAUUGCAGAGCAUUAAAAAACUGGGACAGGAGAACCAGAGCUAUGAGUUUUCAGACGAAGAACCAGCUGGUUCCUACAUGAGCAUGACAACAUCCAAAGAGGAUGAGAAAGGGAAAGAAAAUGCAGAGCUGCCAGCCAUAAGGGUCGGCUUCUUUCAGCUGUUCCGCUUUGCCUCAUGCAACGAGGUGCUGAUGAUGGUGAUGGGAAGCGUGUGCGCGGUGCUGCACGGCUCGGCCCAGCCCCUCAUGCUGCUGGUGUUCGGCCUGCUCACAGACACCUUCAUCGAGUACGACAUCGAGCUGAACGAGCUGAGGGAUGACAGGAAGGAGUGUGUGAACAACACGAUCCAGUGGAAGAGGAACUACACUGAAGUGUUUGAACAGAACCAGACAGGCUGGGGCCUCAUGAACAAUGCAACAUGGGAGAUGCUGACACCUCUGACGCCGAGGUCGUGUGGGGUUCUCGACAUUGAAUAUGAAAUGACCCUGUUUGCCUUCUAUUAUGUUGGAAUUGGAGCAGCUGUGUUCUUGCUGGGAUACUUCCAGAUCUCCCUAUGGGUGACAGCAGCUGCCAGACAGAUCCAGCUCAUCAGGAGGAUGUACUUCAGUAAAGUGAUGAGGAUGGAGAUCGGCUGGUUUGACUGCACGUCUGUUGGGGAGCUCAACACACGCAUGUCAGAUGAUAUCAACAAGAUCAAUGACGCCAUGGCGGACCAGGUCGCUAUUUUCCUGCAGCGCUUCACUACAUUCGUGUGUGGGUUCUGUGUUGGAUUCGUAAAAGGAUGGAAGCUAACACUCGUCAUUGUCGCGGCAAGUCCACUGAUUGGUCUUGGAGCUGGUCUCAUGGCUUGGUUCGUGGCUAAGCUAACAGGCUUGGAGCUGCAGGCGUACGCCAAAGCUGGGGCCGUAGCCGACGAGGUCCUCUCCUCCAUCAGGACGGUGUCUGCUUUUGGUGGAGAGUUCAAAGAAGUGCAGAGGUACGACAAGAACUUGAUCUCGGCGCAGAGCAUGGGCAUCAGGAAGGGUCUCAUCAUGGGCUUCUUCACCGGGUACAUGUGGAUGAUUAUCUUUCUGUGCUAUGGGCUGGCCUUCUGGUACGGCUCCGGUUUGGUGGUGGAUGCUCAGGAGUACACACCUGGAACACUCCUGCAGGUCUUCUUUGGCGUCCUGAUAGCAGCUAUGAAUUUGGGCCAAGCCUCCCCAUGUCUGGAAGCGUUCGCCGCCGGCCGAGGCGCCGCCACCAUCAUCUUUGAGACCAUUGACAGAGAGCCGCAGAUUGAUUGUUUAUCUGAGGCUGGAUACAAGCUCGACAGGGUCAAAGGAGAUAUUGAGUUUCACAAUGUGACCUUCUACUACCCCUCAAGACCCGAAGUCAAGAUCUUGGACCAGCUCAGUGUGCCGGUGAAGUCAGGGGAGACUACGGCCUUUGUGGGCCCGAGUGGAGCAGGAAAGAGUACAGCUGUUCAGCUCAUUCAGCGCUUCUACGACCCUAAAGAGGGAAUGGUGACCCUGGAUGGUCAUGACAUCAGAGGGUUGAACAUCCAAUGGCUGCGCUCAUUGAUUGGCAUAGUGGAGCAGGAGCCUGUGCUGUUCGCAACCACUAUUGCUGAGAAUAUACGCUACGGGCGACCAGGUGUUUCCAUGGAGGACAUAAUCGCCGCCACUAAGGAGGCCAACGCCUACAACUUCAUCAUGGACCUGCCACAGAAGUUCGACACCUUGGUGGGUGAAGGUGGAGGUCAGAUGAGCGGAGGUCAGAAGCAGCGAAUCGCCAUCGCCAGAGCGCUGGUCAGAAACCCUCGUAUCCUGCUGCUGGACAUGGCGACCUCUGCCCUCGACAAUGAGAGCGAAGCUGUGGUACAAGAAGCUCUGGAUAAAGUACGCCUGGGCCGCACCACCAUCUCCAUCGCUCACCGGCUGUCCACCAUAAAAAACGCUGACGUGAUCGUUGGCUACGAGCACGGCCGAGCUGUAGAGAGAGGCAAACACAACGAGUUACUGGAGAGGAAGGGGGUCUACUUCACUCUGGUCACCCUGCAGAGCCAGGGAGACAAGGCUCUGAAUGAGAAGGCCCGGCAGAUGGCAAACAAGGAAGAAGAGCCAGAGAAGCAGAGUCUAUCCAGAGCAGGCAGCUAUCGUGCCAGCUUGAGGGCCUCAAUCCGCCAGCGGUCCCGAUCCCAGCUGUCCAAUCUGAUCCCAGAAGCCUCUGUUCCCAUCACUGGAGAUCUCGGCCCCAGAGCCUACUCUGUGUCACAGGCAGACAAAUCAAAGAUCCCAGAGGAGGAGGAAGAAGAACCUGUGGAGCCAGCUCCAGUUGCAAGGAUCCUGAAGUACAACAUACCUGAGUGGCCUUAUAUGCUUUUUGGGUCCAUUGGGGCGGCCAUCAACGGGGGAGUCAACCCUGUGUACGCCUUGCUCUUCAGUCAGAUCUUGGCGACUUUCUCAGUUACAGAUCCUGUGGCUCAGAGGAAGGAGAUUGAUAGUAUCUGCCUGUUCUUUGUCAUGGUUGGCGUGGUCUCUUUCUUCACUCAGAUGCUGCAGGGUUAUGCUUUCUCUAAGUCUGGGGAGCUGCUGACGCGCAGGUUGCGGCGGCUCGGCUUCCACGCCAUGCUGGGCCAGGAGAUCGGCUGGUUUGAUGAUCACAGGAACAGCCCAGGGGCGCUGACCACGCGGCUAGCUACGGACGCCUCGCAAGUUCAAGGAGCUACAGGCUCACAGAUCGGCAUGAUCGUGAACUCGCUAACCAACAUCGGCGUGGCCGUCAUCAUGUCCUUCUACUUCAGCUGGAAGCUAACGAUGCUCAUCAUGUGCUUCCUGCCUUUCAUCGCUCUGUCAGGCGGCUUCCAGGCUAAGAUGCUCACAGGGUUCGCAAAGGAGGACAAGAUAGCCAUGGAGGCUGCUGGACGGAUUUCUGGCGAGGCAUUAAACAACAUCCGGACCAUCGCGGGCCUGGGGAAGGAGAGGAGUUUCGUGGAUAUGUACAAUGCCCAGCUAGAGGCGCCGUACAGAGCAGCGUUGAAGAAGGCCAAUGUUUACGGCGCCUGCUAUGGAUUCGCGCAGUGCGUCGUCUUCCUGACUAACUCCGCCUCCUACAGGUUUGGAGGGUACCUGGUGCGACAGGAGGGGCUUCACUUCAGCUUGGUGUUCAGGGUGAUCUCAGCUAUCGUCACCAGCGGCACAGCCUUGGGCAGAGCCUCCUCAUACACGCCUGACUACGCCAAGGCCAAGAUCUCCGCCGCUCGCUUCUUCCAGCUGCUGGACCGUGUGCCUCAGAUCAGCGUCUACAGCGCUAAGGGAGAUAAAUGGGAUAACUUCCAGGGGAACCUUGACUUCAUCGACUGUAACUUCACCUACCCCACCAGGCCAGACAUCCAGGUCCUGAAUGGGCUGAAUGUGUCGGUGAAGCCCGGACAGACGCUGGCCUUCGUGGGCAGCAGCGGUUGUGGGAAGAGCACCAGCAUUCAGCUGCUGGAGAGAUUUUACGAUCCUGACCAGGGCAGAGUGGUGAUUGAUGGCCACGACUCCACCCGCGUCAACGUGGCCUUCCUGCGCUCCAAGAUCGGCAUCGUGUCCCAGGAGCCCAUCCUGUUCGACUGCAGCAUCGCCGACAACAUCAAGUACGGAGACAACAUGCGGGAGAUGGGCUUGAACGAGGUCAUGUCGGCCGCCAAGAAGGCACAGCUCCACGACUUUGUGAUGUCACUACCCGAGAAAUAUGACACCAACGUUGGGGCCCAGGGCUCUCAGCUGUCCCGCGGUCAGAAGCAGCGCAUCGCCAUCGCCCGCGCCAUCAUCCGUGACCCCAAGAUCCUCCUCCUGGAUGAGGCCACCUCCGCCCUGGACACGGAGAGCGAGAAGACGGUGCAAGAAGCCCUUGACAAAGCCAGAGAAGGCCGGACCUGCAUCGUCAUCGCUCACCGCCUGUCCACCAUCCAGAACUCGGACAUCAUCGCCGUGAUGUCUCGAGGCUAUCUCAUGGAGAAGGGAACACACGACCAGCUGAUGGCUCUGAAGGGAGCGUACUACAAGCUGGUUACCACAGGAGCACCAAUCAGCUAACUGCUCAGGGGACACGAGCAGCCACUUAGCGAGGCAGCGGAGAGGAACAAACGUCAGAGCAGCGAGUGAAGGAGCACCAUACUGAAAAUAUUAAGUAUGCAAGAGUUCAGCGCCAACUAAAGUUACUCAUAGUAUUUAUUUUUGUGUCACGGUGAGGGAUUUUUUGAAGGAAUUUCUUGUGUUUUUUACGGAAGUGUGUUGCAUUCACUUGACAUCAGAGAGUCCCCUCCUUUUUUAAAAAUUUUGAACGUAAAAAUAAAAAUCGGCUUUAUUUUCUGAAUUGACGAAAUACGGUGCCUAAGUUUCUCCAUAGGGUAGCAAUCCAGUAUUAAAGCAUUAGCCCAAUCGCCUUUUUAGUUGCCAUGUAGCUAGCUUGUAUCCAUCAAGCAUGCCCUAUUAAACCUGGUGUAUCACUGCAAUGUUAUGCAGAUGAUAACAAGCUUUAUGUCUAAAACUAGCAGAGCCCAACCUGCCAGUACAACAUACGACAAACUUAUGCUGAUAACAAAGGUUAACGAUACCAUGCAACUACCCUACCGGUAGCUAGCAGCACUGCAAAGUCCACAAGGUGAAAACACAUGGUGCUAGAAAAGGCUACAAGGAAAGGUUGUAGACUUUGCUGAACACAGGAAGACAGUUUACACCUUUUUUUCUUCCGAGACCCCCCAAAACAGGCCGUGCCUUACAUUCUAGUGGGACCUAUAUUCUAGGUUUUACGGUAACUAUAAAGCAACAGCUAGCUUAGCUGGAAAAAGCUGAUCAGCCCAAGUUAACUACUCAACAUGUCAUUUUUCAGUUACUGAGAGUGAAUGGAGGAAGCUAAGGUAAUCAUGUGUUUAGGCUAGCUUGAAAAUUAGCAUACAGGCAUGAUGAUAUUGAGGAUGUUUCCUUACUGUCAAGCUAGCAUUUGUACCAUUUUGUAAACCAAUCAUAUUAUGUUGUAUCUUAUUGUAUAAACUAUUCGUUUCAAUUUUAAUCAGUUCAGUCGUUAAUUCCUCUUAGAUCCUGACUGUGUAUGACUGUAAUUUUAUACGGAUGGUAUUUUUUUUUAUUCUUUAUGUGAAAUUGUAAUAACACUUUUAAAAUGUC